ACUGAUAAUGAUGAUGUUUAUAAAAGUGUUUUAGAUAAUAUUCAACAAAUUCAAAAUGAAAUUCUUUUCAUGUUGGAUCAAACAAAUUUAAAUAACAAUUCCUCCAAUGAUGAUGAUGAAGAUGAAGAUGAUUCCAAACGAUUUUUAUUGACUAAUGCUAAUCUUAAUUCUUAUUGUGAUAUUUUAUUGGAAAAAGUAAACAAAGAAAUUGUAUGGACCAAUAAUUUGGAAGAACAACAAAAUAAUAAUUAUUUCAUUGAUCGAUAUCGAACAACACCAACGAACAAUAACAACAGUAUUGAACAGCAACAAGUGGGAUCAAAAUUUCAAUUUACACCCGCCGACUCGACAACAACAAUCGAACAACAACAAAGAUCUCAGAUUCAUAAUGAUCUGAAUACUAAUAUAAAACAUUCCAUUAUUAAUGAACAAAUCAUAACGAAUGGUGAUGGUGAUGGUUAUGGGACCAAUAAGAAAUCCGAACCUGAAAAAAAUGAUCAACAGAUUGCCAAUGAUAAACGUAGCUGGAUUUCAAAUAAAAAACAUCCAUUCAUUAAUGGAUCAUCAUCAUCACAAUCACGAUCAAGCUCAUCAUCGACUGAACAACAACAACUAACACCAAAUUCAACAAAUGAAUUGGACAAAGAAUCAAAUUAUCGUUAUAGUUUUUACGAUAAUUGUAACAAAUUAGCUGUCUAUCUUGCACAUUCAUAUAUAUUGGAUCAAUCAAUUCCGAACAAUAAUACCACAUCAGCAACAAACGAAAUAUCUACAAAUGAUUUUGCUCAAUUUCAAUUACAAAAUGGUGGUCGAAUUCUACCAGAUUAUAUUGAAAAUGCAUUAAUCUAUCUAUCAAAAUGUGGCCUUAAUUCGGUGGGAAUAUUUCGUAAAUCAGGUGUUAAAUCACGUAUUAAUAUGCUAAAGGAAAAAAUACAAAAAAAUGAAAUUAAUUUCGAUACACUUUGUGAAUCAGUAUAUGAUGUUGCUGAUCUGGUGAAAACAUGGUUACGUGAUUUACAUCCACAUUUAUUGACCAACGAAUUAAUCGAUAUGUUUAUUGUAGCCACAAAAUCUAAAAAUGAUAUCAAUGAACAAUUUCAUCUAUGGCAUCUAGAUGAUUGUCAUCGUUAUUUAUUGUUUAUCAUACUUAAAUUUCUUUCAAUGGUUGCCGCACAUUCAUCCGAGAAUCAAAUGAACACACAGAAUCUAGCCAUUUGUUUUGCACCAUCUUUAUGCGAUGGUGAUACUGAAAAACAGAUAAAUCGUGCCCAAAAAUGUUUACAGUAUUGUAUUGAAAAUUAUGAAUCAUUAUUUUAUCUGAAUGUUAAGAAUAUUCAUCUGAUUGAUAAACAUCAACGACAAUCCACAUUGCCAAUGUUGAAUAAUAAUCAUACAUCAGUUAUUAUUAUCAAUGCUAGUCCCGAUGAUAUUCUUGCACGUUUAUUAUAUGAAAGAAAUAUGAUUGAUAAACUUAUUUCACGUUGGACAAUCAUUAAUGAUGAUGAUCACGAUGAUCAUCAUCAACAACAACAACAAAUAAAUAAUAGUGACAUAUUUGAAUUUGAUCUGCAAUUUAGUUGUCUAUUGCCAACCAAAACAUUUUCUGUACAUCGUCAAUGGUCGAAUUCAAAACAACAACAAGGUGGUUUUGAAUUAACGGAAAUUGGUGAUCUAAUACGAUCAUAUUGGAUUAUGGUACCGAAUGGUAAAGGACAAACAUUAGUAAAACAUGAUAUAUUGAUGGAAUUACGUGGUCUAUCAAGUAAAUGGUAUCGUACAAUAUAUCCGGCAAUACAUGAUCAACAGCUUAAAUGUUUAGCAUCAUCAUUUAUUGUUGUACCAAUGAAUGGAACACGAAUAUCCGAAGUUUAAUUAUCAUGUUGUUCAUCCAUUUCAUUUAUGCAAAUUCCUUUUUUUUGGAUAGAAAAGUUUUUUUUUAUUUGUUGAAGCAAUAUAUAAUUGAUCUAAUCAUCAUCGUCAUCGUCAUAUAUACUAAAUCAAGAGAUGAAAAAACUUCUUAUUAACCACACACAUAUUUUUCUACAUACUACAAAUCUGUUACUUUCGAAAAAAUAUUUUUUCACAUUUUUCAAAUUUUUCUUUCUGAAAU